AUGCAACAAUCAACCGCCGUGACCAUCCGCGGCAAGCAAGCCGACAUGGACAAGUACCCGGCAAAGGCGCACGCUCAGCGCGUCGCCGAGAAGAUGAAGAUGGAGAAUGGACUCAUCCUUCUCUCUGGAGCAAAGACCCAGUACUACCCGGACAGCGACCAGCCCAUCCCAUUCCGCCAGAACCGCGCCUUCUACUACCUCACUGGCUGUUCCGAGCCUGGCUGCCACGUCACUUACGAGACUGCUGCUGACAAGCUGACUCUGUGGCUCCCAAAGGCUGGCGAAGGCCGUCGCAUCUUCUACGAUGGUCGCAACAUGACUGCGAAGGAUGCCAUGGAGAAGUACGAUGUCGACGAUGUCAAGGUCGUGCGCGGCCCAGGUCCCAAGAGGACCAACCUUCGCAAGCUGCUCCUCGACCACCAUGAGGCCAAGGGACAAUUCGCUUUCUUCAAGCUUCCAGGCCAGUUGAUGGGCAAGCCGCUUCGCAUGAAGCUUAGGGCUGCCCGCAAGAUGGGUCUGCUGCCAGCCAUCAGGCAGUGCCGCGUCGUCAAGGACGAGCACGAAGUCGGUCUCAUUCGCAAGGCCAACGAGGUCUCCGCGAAGGCACACAAGCAGAUCAUGCAUCGCCUGCAUGCUUUGAAGAGCGAGCCAGAGGCCAUGGCCGUAUACCUCCGCACCUGCCUCAUGAACAAGGCACAAGAGCAGGCUUACGCUCCCAUCCUCGGUUCUGGUCCCAACGCCAGCCAGCUCCACUACAUCAACAACGAUGCCCAUUUCGGCAAGCACGCUCAAUUCCUCCUCGUCGACGCUGGCGCUGAGUGGAAUGGGUACGCUUCGGAUGUGACCCGCACACUCCCCAUCAACACGAAGGAGCCGGGCAAGUGGCCCAGCAAGGAGGCCGAGACGGUUUACAAGGCUGUCGAGAAGAUUCAGGAGGAGUGCAUCAAGCAGCUCGCACCUGGGAAGAAGUUCAUUGAGGUGAGCUGGACUGCGAUCCACAUGGCGAUUGAUGCUCUUCUCGAGAUGGGUGUUCUCAAGGGUGAUCACAUGGACAUCUUCCAUGCUGGUACUGUUCUCGGAUUCUUCCCACACGGCCUCGGUCACCACAUGGGGCUUGAUGUCCACGAUGGCAUGGCGCCGCCAAAGGACGGCAAGAAGAAGGGCGGAAAGGGCAAGAAAGGCGAUGGUCAUGACGACAACGACGGCAAGAACAAGAAAGGCGAGUUGAAGAACAAGAUGGGCGGCAAGGGAAAGAAAGGUGCCGCGAAGAGGAACGGUGGAGACUGGACUGUCGUCAAGAAGGAAGUCCUCUUCGACGCUGCAAACGAGAAGGACGUCAGCGGAACCGACACUGAAGCCGACACUGCUAGCGAGAAGGAGCCUCUCCUGUCCGAGAAGACCCCUCUGCCCGGCAAGAAAGGUCCUGCCGGCAAGCUCGGUGCGAAGAAGGGUGCCGCCAACAAGAAGGCCAACGCCCAACCCACCGACCCCCGCUUCGCCCGCCUCCCCGCCGCUUACCGCGCCUUCUGCUCCGGCAACGAAGCCAUCUAUCCCCAAGCCCUCUCCAAGCAGCCCAACUUCUACUCCCUCAACCCCUCCACCUGCCACGGCCCCAACACCCCCGCCGCGCCCGCUCUCAAGGCCGGUAUGGUUAUCACGGUCGAGCCUGGACUCUACUUCAACCGCUUCAUUCUCAAGCGCCAGUUCUUGAACAAGGAGAAGCACGCCAAGUUCAUCGAUGCGGAGGUGUUGGAGAAGUACUUCCCGGUUGGUGGUGUGAGGAUUGAGGAUGAUAUUCUCAUUACCAAGGAUGGGAAUGAGAACCUGAGCUCCGCGCCGAAGGGCGAGGGGAUGCUUGAGGUUAUUAAGAAGGGUGCGAAGGGCGGGAAGAAGGAAUAG